GCGUCUUAUGAUCUCUCUCUAUUCACACAGAUACACACAAACAAAACCUAACAAGUUAUGGGUUACAAAGUCGCAAGAGCAUCCGAGUACCUAGCCAUCACCGGUGGUGGGAUCAAAGACAUCAAGCUCGCCAAGAAGUCAUGGGUCUUCCCGUGGCAGUCUUGCACCGUCUUCGACGUUUCUCCGGUCAACUACACCUUCGAGGUCCAGGCCAUGAGUUCCGAGAAACUCCCCUUCGUCAUCCCCGCCGUUUUCACCAUCGGUCCUCGCGUCGAUGACCCUCACGCUCUCUUGCUGUACGCCAUGCUCAUGUCUCAGCACGACAAGCACUCUAACCACGUCAACGAGCUCGUUCAGGGUGUUAUCGAAGGAGAGACUCGUGUCCUCGUUGCCUCCAUGACCAUGGAAGAGGUCUUCAAAGGGACAAAGGAGUUCAAGAAGGAAGUGUUUGAGAAGGUUCAGCUUGAGCUAAACCAGUUUGGUCUUGUGAUCUACAACGCUAACGUUAAGCAGCUCGUUGAUGUCCCUGGACAUGAGUACUUCUCUUACUUGGGUCAGAAGACUCAGAUGGAAGCAGCCAACCAAGCCAAGAUCGAUGUAGCCGAGGCCAAGAUGAAGGGAGAGGUCGGUGCCAAAGAACGUACCGGACUCACCAUCCAGAACGCAGCCAAGAUCGACGCAGAGUCUAAGAUCAUCUCGACUCAGAGGCUAGGAGAAGGGACAAAGGAGGAGAUCAAGGUGAAGACUGAGGUCCAAGUGUUUCAGAACGAGAAGGAGGCUCUCGUUGCUCAGGCUGAUGCUGCGCUCGCGAUUCAGAAGGCUGCUCUGACCAAAAACUCUCGUGUGGCUGAGGUUGAAGCCGGCAAGGCCGUCGCUAUGAGGGAGGCCGAGCUUCAGACACAGGUAGAGAAGAUGAACGCGUUGACUCGGACGGAGAAGCUCAAAGCCGAGUUCCUCAGCAAAGCCACUGUUGAGUACGAGACCAAGGUGCAAGAGGCGAACUGGGAGCUGUACGACAAGCAGAAGAAAGCAGAAGCUGUUUUGUACGAGAAGCAGAAGCAAGCGGAGGCCACCAAAGCCGCAGCUGAUGCGUCCUUCUACGCGAAACAGAGAGAUGCGGACGGGCUUGUGGCCAUGGCCACCGCUCAAGGGACCUAUAUCAAGACUCUCCUGGGCGCGGUUAACAAUGACUACUCGGCGAUGAGGGACUUUUUGAUGAUCAACAAUGGGGUUUAUCAGGAUAUCGCCAAGACCAAUGCUGUGGCCAUCAGGGACUUGCAGCCUAAGAUCAGCGUGUGGAACCAAGGUGGUGGUGGGGUUGAACAGGGGAUGGGUAGUGGUGGUAUGAAGGAGAUUGCUGGACUGUACAAGAUGUUGCCACCGGUUCUUGAUACGGUUUAUGAGCAGACAGGAAUGCAGCCACCGGCUUGGAUUGGUACACUGCGUGGUGCUGAGCCCAAACAACUUCAGGGUUGAGAUUUUCAAGAGUUCUUUUUUUUUAAUUUUACUUUAAGCUUUUGUGUGAUUUUUUUUAAUGCUUUUGAGGUUUGAAGUCAACUGUUUUUUUAGAGAUAAUCACAAUUUCAUCUUAGAAUCGUGUCUAUGACUAAGUCUUUCAUCAAGUGUGAUUAAUUAUUUCAAUAUAUGUUAGCA